UACACGGGCAGUGAAACGUCAUUCAGCUCGCCCCACCUUCCUUUAGUCAGUCUGAGAGUCACGUUUAAUGAUAAAUCUCCAAAUCUCUUUAUCAUAUAUUGUUCUGCCUCAGUGUACGACCAACAGCAACAGAGAGAAAAAAAUACACUUACUUUGAGUUGAAAGCACAGAGAAUGAGAAGCGUCGUGUCGGUGUGCUGUUUGGGUUUUCUGUUGGGUCUUCUGGCUGUUGUGGAAUGUGAUGAAGAUUAUAUUGAGGAUGAAGAUGAGAUGAUCCUGUCUUUAAUUUUGCAGGAUGACACUCAGCCUGAAGCAGAGAACAGGCCAUCGGCGCAGUUUUACAGGUGCACCAAGGACGCGUGGCGAAUGCCGGGUCAGUAUUUAGUUGUGAUGCGGAACGGGACGCACGUGAACCAGGUGGAGCGCACCACGCGCAGACUCAGCGCAAAAGCCGCCAAACGCGGAUACCUGAUUGAGAUAUUGCAGACUUACUCUGGAGCCUUCCGUGGGUUUCUGGUGAAAAUGAGCAGCGAUGUUCUUCACAUGGCAGUAAAGUUGCCCCAUGUGGAAUACAUUGAAGAGGAUUCCUCAAUCUUUGCCCAAAGCAUCCCAUGGAACCUGCAGCGGGUCCUUCAAAAUAAACAUGAGGCUGGAAAAUACUCUCCACCCAAUGACGGAGCUAAAGUGGGAGUGUAUCUGCUGGACACGAGCGUUCAGUUGACCCACCGUGAGGUCGAGGACAGGGUGAUGGUGACCGACUUCAACAGAGUGCCUGAGGAGGACGGGGUCAGAGUUCACAGGCAGGCCAGUCAGUGUGACAGUCAUGGCACACACAUUGCAGGGGUGAUCAGUGGACGGGACUCGGGUGUCGCUCGAGGUGCCAGUGUGAACAGCGUCCGAGUGUUGAACUGCCAGGGCAAGGGUACUGUGUCUGGAGCUUUGGCAGGUCUGGAAUAUAUCCAGUCAUCUCUGGCCUCUCAGCCUGUCAGUCCUGUUAUCCUGCUGCUGCCAUUUGUAGGGGGCUUCAGUCGCACCCUAAACACCGCCUGCCGGAAAAUUGUUGAGUCUGGUGCAGUGCUUAUUGCUGCAGCGGGAAACUAUAACGAUGAUGCGUGUCUGUAUUCACCUGCCUCAGAGCCAGAGGUGAUCACAGUAGGUGCUGUUAAUUUUGCCGACCAGCCACUGAACCGUGGGACGACGGGAACUAACGUGGGCCGCUGUGUGGAUGUGUUCGCACCAGGUGAUGACAUCAUUAGCGCAUCCAGUGACUGCCCCACCUGCUUCACCACCAAGAGUGGGACAUCGCAGGCAGCCGCGCACGUUGCUGGUGUAGCAGCAGUUCUUCUGAACCUGAGGCCAAACUCCAGCUCUGCUGAGGUUCUUCAGCAGCUCCGCUAUCAUUCAGUCAAACAGGUCAUUAACCCAGAGUCUCUACCAGUGAUGCACCGUCUCACUACACCCAACAUGGUGGUGGCUCUGCCUGACCCAACAUCCACACUCACAGGAGAGGAUCUGCUUUGUAGGUCAGUCUGGUCUGAAAGAUCAGCUUCUCCAGUUUUCUCCACUGCUGUUUCUCGCUGUCGCUCCACUGAAGAGAUGCUGAGCUGCUCCAGUUUCUCUGAUAAUGGCAUGAGAGCUGGAGAAAGAGUGGAGGAGAGAGAUGGGCAGAAAGAGUGUGUGGCUGUAAAUGUGAACGGAGGGCCAGGAGUGUUUGCAGUCGCUCGCUGUUGUACAGGGCAUAGAGCUCAGUGUCAGAUGUUGGAGGGUCCAGAGAGAGGAGCAGGUGCUGAAUGCCCACCAGAGCACCAUCUGACAGGCUGCAGCUUUUCCUCCUCAUCUGGAGAAGCAUCAGACUCUGAUCGGACUCUGCAUGGUAGCCGCAGGACAUGUGCUGCUAAAAAGGGUAUGAUGUCAUAUGCCUUCUGCUGCCACACGUCCACUCUGGAGUGCAGACUGAAAGAACACCACCUCAAUACUCUCAGCCAACAGGUGGAGGUUUCGUGUGAGGACUCAUGGACACUGACGGCAUGUGAGGCUCUGUCUCGAGAUGCAGUCAUUCACGGGGCGUUUGCAAUGGGAAACACCUGUGUAGUUCGUACAUCUGGAGUAGAUAAGGACGCUGCCGCCAUCGCAACCUGCUGCAGAAACCAUCCUUUACAUGGGACACAGGAUCACUGAAGAUCUCCAUUAGGCCUUAAGUAGAUGUUUUCUUUCUUUUCUAAACACGUAAUCAAGGACUUGAUACUGAAACGUGGGAUACUGGAGAGCUCAGCUCUGCCACUAUAGAAUGUUUUAUACUGAAUAUAACCAUAACUGAUCUGGACAUUACAUAGAAGGUGAAAAACCACUUAAAGGGGGCUAUACAUUGAGGAAUUUCUAUGUAGUGAUAAGAAAAAAAAAGACCACUUCCCUGACUUUAUAGUCUAUGAAAGCCUAUAAGCCUAAGUUUUAUGCGAUAUACAGUUGAAGUUUGAAUAAUUAGACCCCCUGUAAAUAAUAGUUUUAAUAACUCAUUUCUAAUGAC